CAUUCUGGGUGUUUUUGUUGUCGAAGUCGGCGGCGAUAAUUCUGCUCUCACAAUAAACGCGGAUAAUUUCAACUGUAUUUCUGCAAGCAAAACGGAAUUUAAAAGCAUUACAAUACGGAGAAAGCUACAUUCGAUAUCCGAUUGUUCCGGAACGAAACCAAUUCCCUUUUUCCGGGAAAUACGCCACAGUAUCCCGCAUCGCGGUGUACGCAGGCAUCGAAUAGCGAAGGAAGAUCCCUGGGUACUUUGGGAAACAAGGCUGCAGGAAUUUGCGAAACACGUAGUUCCGGUUCCAGUAGCUGUUCAGCUACUGGGUGAGUACACAAAUAGUGUGUGUAAUAUGAUUGAAAGAAAAUUUUGGUUGAAAUUUUACAUGAAAGAAGUUCAACACAUCACGCAGUAUACCCAUUCCAAUUGAGCUCUGGAAAGGUAACACGCAAAAAGGCAUGUAAAAACUCUACACAAUUGUGUGAUUUUGCGCUGCACGUGUGGAACGGCUUGGCUGCAUUAUAUUUCGCGAGCUGUUUGAAACGAAGUACGGUGAAAAGUUGAUUUUGUUUGUUUAUUCGCAUAUCGACGUUAGUGAAGGUAGCGUACGCGUUGUUUCGUUGCUUUGAAACGGCAAAGUUAUCACGAACAACGGAACGAAAAAUACUGUAUAAACGCAAAGAAGCAGCGCAAAAAGUCUGUCAAAAGCAAACGAAGUGCAGCAGCAGCUCAGCAUGUGGUUCGACGAAAACGUAGGUUUUAACGCUGUAGUGGUGUAGUACUGAGUGAAGAGCAGAGGCAACAUCAGUGACUGUACUGGUGUGCGUGGUAGCGACGUGUGCAGCAGUCCAUCGGGGAGGUAGUGGUGGUGAAUGUGUUGUGUUUUUUCCUGUUGAAUUGCGUUGGUGUGUGUUUGUAACAGCGUGUGAAGUGAGCGCAUGAAUGCGUGUGUGUGUGUGAUAUCGCUAGCGCUCCGAAAGGGAAAAGUGUGAAGCAGACCGAAGAGCCAGCAAUAGUGAAUUUAUUCUCUUUCUUCAUCCAUUCGUGGUAGCCAUCAUCGUUGUCGUCGUCGUUGUCGUUUUGUCCCAUCGUGGUCGCGAUUUCGUUUCCUAACAAUUCGGUUCUCAAUCAGAUUCUGAAAUUGCGGAAAUCAAAUUCCGUCGUGGUAAUAAUUGUGUGCAAAAAAGUUACGGCAAAUACCCGUCUAGAAACCGAGUGCUCCGACUUUUUCCUAGCCAUCCCCAUCAGUGGAACGGGAGAAGAUCGGGGCGGUUUAAAGCUGGCGGUUCUGCAAUUAAAAAGUAGCUGGUGAAAGGAAAUCCCCACGGCCAACCUCCCCUCCAGCAAGCCUCCCUCGAGAGAAGGAGGAAUAGUGUUCGACGUAAACUGUAUUGGUAUCGGAAAUUACCUGUACCUGGUCAAUCUCUGGUACGAAAUCCAGAAGCCUAAAGCAAGGAUCUAAUCCUGUGUGCCGAGUUCUGCUGCUAAUAAUCAAUUUGGAAAAGUUGGUCUAACGGUUGCUGCGGCUGAACAGGCAGCUCGUCCCGGGGAACAGCACAGUUAGUAGGCCUUUGCCAGGUUCGUUCCGUACUGGCCGGUGUCCGUGCAAGGAUGGGUGACGCAAUCAACUUUGGGCCUGCCUGGUUACGCAAGGUAUCGUCCGAUAGUAAUCCCAAUAGUAACCAUCACAGUACGAACAGUAGCAGCAGCAGCAGCAGUCACCACAGCAGCCAUACGAUGCUGAACAACAAUAGCAGCAGCAGCGGCAGCACUGUCGUCAACAAUGCUGGUGGUGGCGGCGGAGUCGGAUUGCAUCAUCAGCAUCAUCCGCAUCAUCAUUCGCAGUCGCCGUCGUCGUCGCACUCUUCGUCGCAUCACUCGCAGCAUAGUCUGCCGCAGGGUGGCGGCAGCACUAUUGGGAGUGGUAGCGUCGGCGGCGGCGGCAACGGUACUGGUGGUAGCGGGCUAUCCAAUAGCUCGUUUGGCGGUGGUUCCGGUGGAGGCAGCGCACUUGUUAACAAUGGUGGGAACGGGUCGGGAGCUGCUGCCACCGCUACCGCUAUCCGGUAUCCGUUGGCCGAGUUUCGCUACGGACGCGAAGAAAUGUUGGCCCUGUUCGACGGGAGAACGAUUAAAACUCCGGAAAUAUUGGUGCAAUUCAAGCGUUUGUUCGUGGAUAAACCGCAACCACCGCUCGCGCUGACACCCUGUCCAGAGGAAGAAUUAAUCGUCGAACCGGAAUCGCGGCGUCCUUGGCCUUCGAGAAGUGUUUCGCUUGGUAUUCCUGGUCGUGGCGCACGUGGUGGAUCGGUCGAUCGUGGACGUGGCCGCGGACGGGGUCUGUACACCAGCUAUCAACGGUCGUCCUCUUUCUACGAAGAUGAAUCCAGGGGCGUAGGAAGAGGUGAACGACCGUGGCUGGAACGUAAUGGAACCGGCGGGAUCGGCGGCGAUACUGAGUGGAACAAUUCGUCAUCCAGCCCUCGGAAGGAGUAUGGAACGCGAGUGGUGCGCACUAGCGGUGGUAUGGAGAGCUGGCGUCGUUCCCGCACCGAUGAGGAAAGCGCCGGUAUCACCAGUAACGGAGUGGGCGAUUGGCGAUCCGGUGGUGGCGCUCCAGGCAGUAUUACGGGCCUCGUGCGCGAGAAGUGGACUAGAUCUACCAGCUGGCGCGACGAAGACAGCUCCUCCCAUCAUGGGCUCGAGCGUGGACUGAAUAGUAGCGGUGGAAGUGACAGAAUAAUCCCACCCUAUAAAUCACGCCUUUCGUCAGGCGGUGGUCUUGGUAGCGGCGGCGGUAUUGGGGAUUUAAAUUCUGGCCACCCGAUGGGUCCGGGAGGUAUACGUCGACCGAACUGGGAUACGGAUGAGCUGCCCGAGUGGGCAACGGAGAAUCCGUCAGACUUCGGAGGCAGCUUUGACGCGACCGGCGCAUUUCAUGAUUCCGAUAAUGAUGGUGAGAACGGCGGCGGCGGCGGCGGUAAUGCUGGUGGUACGGCUACUAGCCGGUAUGGUGGGAACGCUACUAGUGACGCAAACGGCAACAAGACACACAAUCAUGUAAAGGAUGAUAAUCGAUCGAAGGACGUUCGACGCCGAGCGGAAGAGGAAGAACCCGUAGAGCAGGAUGGCGAAUCACGCCGGGACGGAACGGAAGAUACGUCGGGUAAAAAUAGAAGCGAUGGUUCCACUACGGCAGCAAUUGCUAAAGGUAGAGAGACGAGAAAAGUCAUGAAUCAUGUUGGCGGUGGUGGCCGAAUCGAAGAAGUGUCAUUAGCUGAUAGAAAACAAGGUGAAGAUGACGAAGAGAACCUACAAUCGGUCGCCAAUGAUGCGCAGCAAAAGCAAUCACGAAGCAAACGACAAGUGGGUAAAGACGGAAACCAUCAGGUAUUGGAGUCGUCUCCCGAAUCGGUUGCUUUGAGCGAAAGCUCGGGAAUUGUUCAAUCGAAUUCGGCGAAAGGAAUAUCUUCCUCGCGCGAAUCUAUUGAAUCUUCCGUUUCAUCAACUAUCAGCGGUACGGCAUCUGCGGCGCUGCUGGAUGGUGAUGUUCGACAGAAUUCCCCUUCUUGGCAGGCGAAGACUAACGACGUCUCAGGCACGAAAAACGCUACGGAGCAGCCGACAACAGCAGGAGAACGUGAUAAAGGGAAUGAUAUCGACCACAACAACGAUGGUCAAAACCAUCACGCCCAACAGCAACAGCUGCCGCCGCAGCACGAGAAACGGGUUGAGCCGAAAAAAUCACCAUCCAGCACAAGUGUCGAUCGAAUGCAGGAAGUGGCAGACGAUAUGGUUGCUCAACUGAUCAUGGAUGAUGAAUUUCUGGCGACUGACGGUGAUCCAUCGGUGAUCUCUUCCAUUGCUGCCAGCUCCGCUGGAUUAGCCGGCGCGGGAAGUAGCCUCGGAAAGUCGCCUGUCUUUGGUAUGUCCGCAGCGGGUGGAUCCGGUACAAACGCUACAAUGGCAUCCGGUAACAUGGCGUUAAACAUGCUCCCACCGCUCAAAGGGCUGCAGCCAAUGCAACAACUUUUCGGGAAUGGGAAUCUUUCACGCGUCAAUCCAUUGCUGCUGUCCGAUCCGGUGGCUGCCAACCGGGCCGCGAUGGCAGCUGCUGCUGCGGCAGCUGCCGGCGUCAAUCCUAUGGCACAGUUGCAUCACUUAAUGGGACCACCAGCUCCACCGCGCGGCUCGGACAUCUGGUACUAUUGUGAUCCACAGGGUAAAGUGCAGGGACCGUUCCAAGCGGCGGAAAUGACGGAAUGGUACCGGGCCGGUUACUUCGACGAGUCGCUAUCGGUGCGGCGCGAAUGCGACGAGGUGUAUAAUACGCUCGGCACACUGGUUGCGCUUUGCGGCGGUAUACCGUUUUUGAACUCGGCGGUUAUACAACCGUUCAAAGCAUCUACUGGCGCAAACGCAGCAAAACAUUCGCCGCAGCAACAACAGACACAACCCAACGCGGUGUCCCAGGGUCAGCCGAAGCCAGUUGCUUCUGGUGCCAAUGGAAACAACGUAAUGCCUUCACCGAAUCAACAGCAAUCGGCCAGUCAAGGGCCUGGACAGCAGCAACAGCAGCAACAGGUGCCAUUGCAUCCCGGUAGUUCUGGUGGAUCCGGACCAAACAGUGGACCCAACGUGCCCGGCCUACAUUUACUGCGUCAGCAAAAUAUCGUAUUGCAGAAGCUUCAAAGCUCGGAAGGCUGGAAUUUACUAUCGCCAGAACAGCAAAACAUGAUCAUCACGCAGCAAAUGAAUCAAUUGAUGAACACCGACCCUACACGCAUGAUAUCUCCUUCCUCAUCUUUACCUGGGGGAAACGCCGGUAAUACUACCGGAACAAAUCAACACCAUCAGCAGCAACAACAGGGAGGUACUGGCAUUUUUAGUGCUGGCGCUGCUGGAGGAGCAGCCGGCAUAAUGCCGUCUGGUCAGGAUACGCUCGUAAAUUUGAAGCUGCGAGAAAUGCAACAGCAAGGGCAACCGCUACAACCGCCUCAACCGCAGCAACAACCGCCGGCACACGUUAUGAUGGAACAGCUGCAAAAAUCGGUACCGGGCAGUCAUAGCAAUAGCGCGUUCUUGAAAUUGCACCUACCCGAAUUCAAUCAGUCAACUCAAGGCAGCGGAGUGAGACCAAUGCUGGGUAACAUGAACGUUGAUCCGAGCGCUGUGGCAGCUGUUGCAGCGGGGCACGACCCACUGGGCCAGUUGAUACAUGGCAUAGGGUUUAAUCACCAAGCAGCGGGACAAAAUAUUGGACCACUCGGACCAAACAAUCUUUUGCUGAACCGCGGUGGACUGUUAGGAUCCGGGGGUGGUGGCCCGACUGUACAGCAACCACAACCGCCAAACCAAUCACAUCAGCCGCAACCGCAUCCGACCACGGGAAAACCGGGUGGAGAUGAUCCUUUACAGUCGUUGUUCAUGCAGUUAUCAUUGCAUAAAAAUCAGCAAUCCACGCAACAAAUUCCGAAUCAUCAGCCACCGUCAAAAUCGACGGGUGAAAUGAUGGGCGCACCAGCGGGCUGGUUACAAUCGGGUGCCGGACAGGCACAGGCGGCCGCAAAUGCUGGCACUGGACUAUCUGGAUUAGUGCCGCGAGGUCCAAUGGUUGGAGCGGCGUCUAGUUGGGGUGAUCUGCCACCACCCACUAGUGCCUCAUUUGCGUCGAUCAUGCAGCAACAGCAGCAACAGCAACCUCAUCUGGCACUCGCUGGUCAUCAUCCACUGCUGUUGGGUGGUAGUGGUCCAUCCAAUGAACCACAAGCACCAUCAGUAGUUUCACUCUUCAAGCAUCAUCAGCAGGCAGAAAAGCAACAGCAAAUGGAGAAAGAACAGCAGCAGCAACAGCUUUUGCAACAGCAACAACAGCAACAACUGCAACAGAUGCACCAAGAAAACGUACUUGCGCAACAAAAACAGCAUCAUCUGCAACAAUCGCAGCAUUUGCAAGAAAAUCAGCAGCAUCCACAUAUACAGCAGCAACUGCAACAGCAUCAAAUGCAACAAUUACAGCAACAUCAAGAACAACAACUGCAGCUACAACAACCACAACAGCAGCAGCAGCAGCAACAACAACAACAGUUGCAGCAACAACAACAACAGUUGCAGCAACAACAACUGCAACAGCAGCAAUUGCAGCAGCAGCAGCAGCAACAACAGCAGAUUCAGCAAAAGCAAGUAAAAGAGAAUCAAAAAAAGGAGAGCACUGCCAUAGAAUUGCCACAGCAACAGUCCGGCAAUACUAAGAAACAAAGUAAUAAACAGCAGCAGCAGGUAAACAAUCAUGCUGAAGCAGAGGAAAAAACUGGCACGAGUGUGUCGAUGCAGCAGAAUCAAAAAACGAAAAAGCAACAAAAGAACAAUCAUGUUGUAGCGGGUGGCAACAGCAAUGGUCAAGUUACGAUAACCAGCGAGGAGGAAAGCGAGUUUAUUAUCGUUAAAAAAGAGAUGGAGGAAAAGAAGCGCCAGAAGGAGCUGAAAAAGCAGCAGCAGGAAGAGCAAAAGCGGAAGCUAGCGGAGGAGAAAAAACUGCUGGAGGAACUGGAGGCCCAGAAGCGGGCAAAGCUGCUCGAGUCUCAGCGCCGUGAGGCGAUGAAAAUUCAAGAGCAGCAGCAGCAGCAGCAGCAACAACAACGCUCCGUCCCGAAAGCUGUGCCGGCACCAUGGUCCGGAGCGAUGGCAGAGAUUGCCAACAGCAAGCUAAGCUUGACUGAGAUCCAAAAAACCGAACGUGCGCUCUUGGCUCGCCGUGAGCACAGCAUGCGGGAGCAACAGGAGCAGCAGCAAAUGCUUGAGAUGCAGUCGCAGUUGCUCGACGGUAGACUGAAGUGGAAUGCCCAAAAUCUGUUGCCGGCCAAGGUGAAACCAUUGGCGGAGAUACAAGCGGAGGAGGCGGCCGCGGCCGAACGGGCUCGUGAGAAAAACGCGAAUGCGUCCGGUUUGACGGUGGCUGCUAUUGCAGCACAAGGUAGUGUAAAGGGUGCCAAGAAGGAGGAUAAUUUGGCCAGCCUGCUGAGUGGUGCCGGUGCUGCUGGUACGGGCUCAGCUGUGUGGCAGGUUCGUGGCGGCAGUAGCAUGCUGUACUUCAAUUCAACUAAAGCCUGGACUGGUGACGGUGCCGGUGAAACGAGCAACCUCCUGGGCGGAGCAUCAGGUGGAAGCUCUGCCGGGCUUAGCAAUAACGUGAGCUCCGGUGGCUUCUGGGAGGAACCUACGCAGCCCAGCGUUGUAACUGCUGCUUCAAUUGUCGCUGCCGCUGGUAAGGCUAGUGGAAACAAUGCCCGCAAGCAGCCAUCCAAUACUGGUGUGACCGCAACUGGUGGUGGGGCGGCUGCCGGCAAGCAACAGCAACAGCUUUUGAGCAAAAGUAAAACAAUGGGCAGCAUUACCACGAGCUCCUCGUCGACUGUGACCGCUGCCAAGCAACAGAAACAACAGCAGCAGGGCGCUACGAAAGGAAGUAGUUCAUCGAACACCGGUAAGUCCGUUGGCGGUGGUAAGAAUGGCAAUGUGACUGGCGGUACUAAUGACCGAAAGGACGAUAGGAAGCAUCCGAACGAGCCGACUAAUGAGUUUACCGAUUGGUGUACUCGCGCCCUGAGUUCAUUAAACAGCAACGUUGACAUUCCAACAUUCGUCGGAUUUCUACAGGACAUCGAAUCACCGUUCGAGGUGAAGGAUUACAUCCGUUUAUACUUAGGAGAGAAUAAAGAGUGUUCGGAAUUUGCCAAGCAGUUCCUGGAAAGACGCUCGAAGUACAAAAAUCAGCAGCGCCAAAAGAAUGCCCACAUCGACGAUAUGUGCAAACCGGCACCAGCUAUAAACCCAUCGUCUAAUGAUUUCCAAGAAACCAAGGGUAAGAAUAAGAAAGUUAAAAAGAAUAAAAUGAUGAAACUCGAUAGCCGGAUUUUGGGCUUCUCCGUAACGGCUGCGCCGGAUCGACUGAAUGUUGGCGAACGAGACUAUGGCGAUAAUGUUUAAAUGAUCGAUGCAGAUUGAUCGAGAGCGAGAAAGAGAGAGAGGGAGAUUAAGAAGAUCAGGAACAUCAACUAUACAUGCGUUUGUUUACGUACGUGUGUGAUUAAACGCGAUCUGAUGUGGUGAUGUGCAUAAAAACAAACGCUAUACCAAACACAAUAGAGAGUGUGUAGCAAUAACGAUCUUUCCCAAAAGCAGAUGUGAGCAGGUUUUUUACCCCCCAGUUUUCGAUUGGUUUCCCUUUAUAUCUACGCCUUGGAAAACAGUCUGCUUCUUUGGUUGAAUAAAUCGAGCAAAAGCACUCAUGGAUCGUUCGGAAUAUGCAUACUACUAGUGCAUGUAUCAGGGAUAGAUAUGCAGGUGAAAUUAUUUCGCACCUUUCGAAGCUAAAUGUUUACUGUUUACUAAAGUUCGUUUUUGUUGUGUAUCAUGUCGUAUAAGUAACUUAUAAUGCGUACAAUACUGCAUGUACACUAAACAAAAUCGAAUUACUCAGACUGAAUACGCAUUAUCGAUGGAUCCGGUGAAAUAACCGAAACGGCAAUGCACGAUUUAAAAUAUUAUCCAUUCUGGGCUAAAGUCUUCAUUAGACCGUCUUUCUCUCGCACGCGAGUCUGAUUGUUUAGGAAUGGAGAAAAAAAGUAUGUUACCGAUCGAUCUAUGCGUUCUUUUGUCCAAAGUCAUCACUUGCGUAAAUCAUAACAAAGCAAGACUGCACGAGCUUUGCCUUGUUACGAUUUACGAUAUUCCCAUGAUAAAACUUUGUGCAUACAAUGCUUUUUCCAUAUAGAAUUGAGAUGUUUUUGAUUUAGGAAUUCAAUCGAACUAUCGGUUCCGCUCAUACGAUCGUAAUGCAAACAAUCGGGAUCGACGAAUCGGCAGCUUUUUUUCGUCUAAUGCAAUGUGUUAUUAAAGCAACACAUUUGUUUACAAAUUUGAACAGUUUCGUCUUGCUAAAAUUGUCGACCCUACACGACUUUGGUUUUAUAUUUUGGAUAGUUUCAGUAAGAUUUAUGCAACAGAUAAACUUAUAUAUUCGAGUGUUUGUUUUGCGAUGCAUUUCUACAGCUUCAAACCAGGCUGCCCUAUGUAACGACUGCAUGGAGAAACCGUUUUCCAUCAUGCGGUGUUGUUAAACAUAAAUUAAAACUUGUUAUUAUGAACGGUAUGACACGUGCUGCAGGAUACAGCGAAACAAUCCAAUUUAUAAAAUGGCUACACAUGUGUUGCUGCAAAACGUUGCGUUCUAGUGAGUUGAUUAUUUUAGUGCGCCUUGUAAAGGACAUCUUUAUCGUUGAAAAUGACUGCUAAUCGAAAUCAAACUUACAAGAUAUGUUUCAAAGUGCAUACCCAUACACACUGCCACGUCUCUGCAUAUGUUUAAAUUACGUAUCGUCAUUAGUCUCGUUCAUGUAAACAGACUCGCCAACGGAUACUUAUAGAGAUGGGCAGAUAAGAAGCGAAAGUGCAAGGAUGAUUGCGUAUUAAGGAGAAAACACAAAUAUAGUGCUUCCAUCGCAAGCGCGAGCUGUUGGGACACGCAAGCUGAUUUGAGUAACGGGGUAUUCAUGUAACCCACCCAGGCAGAGCAUGAUGGAAUAAUAUAGAUUUGCAACUAUGUUGACCGAAGGAAAUGAAUGGAAGGGAAACGAUUCAUGCUUGUAGAUUUACAUCUAAUGUUAUGAAGUGAAAUAAACGAAAGAAAGCAGCUAGUACACAGGUGAUAAAUAGUUUUGGAAUAUCCUAUAGCGACUGAACUCUACUACACAACACAUACAGUGAAGGCAAAAAAGUGUCUGGAGCGCGAUGCUUCCUUUUGUUUUGUUUUUCCUUUUAUCGUUUUAAGUUCGAUACAUGUUGCUUUCGUGAUUCAUGGUUCAAUACUCAUAGGGUUGUUUGUUUUCGCAUAUCGAGCAAAUGAAAAAAACACCUAAUUCUCGUGGGUAAGACUACAGUUGGUGUUAUUCUCCUUAUUACUCUAUCAUCUGCGCUUGGUAGGUGGUGACUUUUUGAGAGAGUGGGGCAAAGUUUUUAAAACCUCAACAUGAAGCAUCAUCUGGCUGCUGCACUGCUGCGAGGUUGAAGUAGUGUAGGUUUUUAUGUUUGUUUAAUUUCUUUAUUUGUAUGUACAUUUCUUGCUAUGAAAUAAAGAUCAUGUAAGGAACAAUA